AUGAGUCCAAAGCAAGGAGAAGAGCAUCCAAAAGAACACCAAUAUGGUAGCGAACAAGUACUGGACAAGCAAAAUCUUGCCGCUCCUUUGAAAUCUGCGGUCGAUAAGUUCCAGCUUCUUCCUGAGUUUUUGAAGGUGAGAGGAUUGGUGAAACAGCAUUUGGACUCGUUUAAUUACUUUGUUAAUACUGGUAUAAAGAAGAUUGUCCGUGCAAAUGAUCGCAUUGUGUCUGGAAUUGAUCCGAGUAUAUAUCUUAGGUUUAAAGAUGUUAGAAUUGGUCAGCCAUCUGUGACCAUGGAUGGUGUCAGUGAAAAGCUUAAUCCUCACAUGUGUCGGCUAUCUGAUAUGACGUAUGCUGCUCCGAUAUUGGUUAAUAUUGAAUAUAUUCAAGGGAGUCAUACUGAAAAGACUAUCAUGGAGAAGAAUGAUGUUGUUAUUGGAAGAAUGCCUAUCAUGCUACGUAGUUGUUGUUGUGUUCUAUACGGGAAAGAUGAGGCUGAACUUUCGAGACUUGGUGAGUGCCCUCUAGAUCCUGGAGGAUAUUUUGUCAUUAAAGGAACCGAGAAGGUGAUAUUAAUACAAGAACAACUUUCAAAGAAUAGAAUAAUUAUUGAUACUGACAAGAAGGGGAAUAUAAAUGCAUCCGUUACAAGUAGUACUGAGACAGUAAAAAGCAAAACAGUUAUUCAGAUGGAGAAGGAGAAGAUGUAUUUGCUUCUCAACCAGUUCAUGAAAAAGAUUCCUAUAAUGAUUGUCAUGAAGGCUAUGGGAAUGGAAAGUGAUCAAGAGGUUGUACAAAUGGUUGGAAGAGAUCCAAGAUUUAGUUCCUUGCUUUUGCCUUCAAUUGAGGAAUGUGCAAGCCUUGAUAUAUAUACACAAGAGAAGGCCUUGGAAUACCUUGAGGGAAAGGUGAAAAAGUCUACAUUUAGUGCUCCAUCAUCUGAUAAGGAAGGGAGAGCUUUGGCUAUCCUUCGGGAUGUAUUUCUUGCUAAUGUUCCUGUGCAUAACAAUAAUUUUCGUCCAAAAUGUUUAUAUGUUGCGGUAAUGUUAAGAAGGAUGAUGGAGGCAAUGCUAAAUAAGGAUGCUAUGGAUGACAAGGACUAUGUGGGAAAUAAACGGUUGGAAUUAUCAGGCCAAUUAGUUUCACUACUUUUUGAGGAUUUAUUCAAGACAAUGAUUAGUGAGGUUAAAAAGACAGUAGAUAUCAUUCUAUCAAAGCCUAGCCGGUCUAGCCGGUUUGAUCUUUCUCAAUUUAUAGUUAGAGACAGCAUUACUGUUGGCCUUGAAAGGACCCUUUCUACUGGAAAUUUUGAUGUCAAGCGGUUCAAAAUGCACAGGAAAGGAAUGACACAGGUGCUGGCUAGGCUUUCCUUCAUUGGGACCUUGGGUCACAUGACAAGAAUCUCACCACAAUUUGAGAAGUCUAGGAAAGUUAGUGGACCGAGAGCAUUGCAACCAAGCCAAUGGGGUAUGCUUUGCCCAUGUGAUACUCCAGAAGGUGAAGCUUGUGGACUGGUAAAAAAUUUGGCCUUAAUGACUCAUGUUACAACUGAUGAAGAGGAAGGUCCUUUAAUUUCUCUGUGCUAUUGUUUGGGCGUUGAGGACUUGGAAUUACUCUCUGGAGAAGAGCUUCACACUCCAACUUCGUUUUUGGUUAUAUUUAAUGGGCUUAUCCUUGGCAAGCAUAGGAGGCCUCAGCGUUUUGCUGAUGCCCUGAGGAAGUUGCGAAGAGCUGGUAAAAUUGGCGAGUUUGUAAGUGUCUUUGUUAAUGAGAAGCAGCGCUGUGUUUAUAUUGCUUCUGAUGGAGGACGGGUUUGUCGUCCACUUGUCAUCGCUGACAAGGGUGUGUCAAGGAUCAAACAGCAUCAUAUGAAGGAGUUGGCGGAUGGAGUGCGCACUUUUAAUGACUUUUUGCGUGACGGAUUGAUUGAGUAUCUUGAUGUUAAUGAGGAGAACAAUGCUCUGAUUGCUUUAUAUGAAGGAGAAGCUACGCUUGACACAACUCACAUUGAGAUAGAACCUUUCACCAUCUUAGGUGUUUGUGCUGGGCUAAUCCCAUAUCCUCACCAUAAUCAAUCACCAAGAAAUACCUAUCAGUGUGCUAUGGGGAAGCAAGCCAUGGGAAAUAUAGCAUAUAAUGAGUUAUGUCGGAUGGACACAUUGCUUUACCUAUUGGUGUAUCCUCAACGGCCUUUACUAACAACGAGGACAAUUGAACUGGUUGGAUAUGAUAAGCUUGGAGCUGGUCAGAAUGCAACUGUUGCUGUGAUGAGUUAUAGUGGCUAUGACAUAGAGGAUGCAAUAGUCAUGAACAAGUCCUCUUUAGACCGUGGUUUUGGCCGUUGUAUUGUUAUGAAAAAGUAUUCUGCCAUCAAUCAAAAGUAUGAAAAUAAUACAUCAGAUAGAAUAUUAAGGCCGGAUAGAACGGGGCCUGCUGCUGAAAGGAUGCAGAUAUUGGACGAUGAUGGAAUUGCUGCUCCUGGGGAAAUUAUUAGACCGAAUGACAUUUAUAUUAAUAAAGAGUCCCCUAUUGAGACAAGAGGAACAAUGGUAUCUUCAACGGGACAAUCAGAUAGUAAAUAUAGGCCCACUAGACAAACAUACAAAGGUCCAGAAGGGGAGACAUGUGUAGUUGAUAGAGUCGCUCUUUGUUCCGAUAAAAAUAAUAGCUUAUGUAUCAAGUUCUUAAUUCGCCAUACUCGAAGACCUGAGGUUGGUGACAAAUUUAGCAGCAGACAUGGGCAGAAAGGUGUCUGUGGAACUAUAAUUCAACAGGAAGAUUUUCCAUUUUCUGAACGCGGCAUUUGUCCUGAUUUAAUCAUGAAUCCUCAUGGAUUUCCCAGUCGAAUGACUGUAGGGAAGAUGAUCGAGCUUUUGGGGGGUAAAGCAGGAGUUUCGUGUGGUAGGUUUCAUUAUGGUAGUGCCUUUGGCGAACCAAGUGGUCAUGCAGACAAGGUUGAAACUAUAAGUGAAACCCUGGUGAGGCAUGGCUUUAGCUACAGUGGCAAGGACUUGAUUUAUUCAGGCAUCUCGGGUUGUCCUCUGCAAGCAUAUAUUUUCAUGGGUCCAAUUUACUACCAAAAGUUAAAACAUAUGGUCCUAGAUAAAAUGCACGCCCGAGGCAGUGGACCUCGUGUCAUGCUAACUCGACAACCUACUGAAGGAAGAGCUCGAAAUGGAGGAUUACGAGUUGGAGAAAUGGAACGUGACUGUUUGAUUGCUUAUGGUGCUAGCAUGCUGAUUUUUGAGCGCCUAAUGAUUUCUAGUGAUCCUUUUGAAGUUCAGGUCUGCAGAGUGUGUGGUUUGUUGGGUUAUUAUAACCAUAAGCUGAAAGCUGGGAUUUGCUCAACAUGUAAAAAUGGGGAUAAUAUUUCUACCAUGAAACUGCCAUACGCAUGCAAGCUCCUAAUCCAGGAACUCCAAUCAAUGAAUAUUGUUCCUCGCUUGAAACUAGUGGAGGCAUGAUGUGAUUUCAAUUCUCAAAAAUCUCAGGCUAUAUGAACUUCAAAAAGAAAUGUAUCUGGCUGAUGGAUUUGUGAUCUAAUCUUUACAAGGAAAUGCAGAUCACAGACUAUUUACCGGAAACUUUUUUCUGAAGUGUGCAUGCAAGCUUAAGUUUGUUAGAUGCUUAGAAUGUUCAAGCAUUGCUGUUGCAAAGAAUAUGUUUUACUUGAGAGUUGGCCUGAAGGGUAUCGUAGAAUAGAGAAUUGCCACGAGAAAGCACACCAAAUAUGCAACAGCUAUGUGGUGUGACAAUAUUUGGGCUGUUGAAAACCUUUCUUCAGUUUUGGGUGGUUCAUUGGCUAUUGAGGAUUCUACUGUUCGGAUAGUUUUUACAAUAGUUGAUCGAAGUUUUGGGAUGGAAGCUGUUUUCUUGUACGUGUCAGUUUUGUCUCGUUAAUUUACUUGCAAUAGGAACAAAUAUUUUCUUGUUUAAGCAUGAACUUACCUUCAGUUUUUUUAUCAGUUCGACUUAGCCCAUAUGACACACAGAAUUGUGUAUAUAUGUAUAAGCGCAAUCGCGAGUCUUCCUGUGUCCGGAGCUCCUCGUUUUGAUAGAGAGCCGAUAUGUUUGCCUUCCAUUCUU